AUGGCUGUUUCUGAGGCAGCCCAUCUGCCUGCAGGACAGUUCUCCCAAAUCAGGACCAGGAGUGCUCUGGACAACUCUCGUCCUCUCCCUGAGCUCAUCCUGCACUGCGUGGAGUUGGGCAUCCUGGGGACCCGCAGGGCAACACUGCUCACAGACAACACACAGGAAAUGGGUUCCCCUGGACAGGAAGCUGGCUUUGCUAAGGAGGUGGAGGGGAAGGGGCAGAGGGGUAACCUGGGCAGAGCCCCGCCUCUGCCCCUGGCCCUGGGAAGUGCUUCUGCCCUGGAGGAGGCUCAGCACAGAAGGAGGAAGGUCAGCAGACCUAACAGUCACAGCAGCUCUGACAAGAGCAUUCCUGGAGCCCAAACUCCCCUCCACGGAGGACAAGCAGGCAGCAGAGACCAUGGGGUCCCCUCAGCUGCUCCCCAUGGAGGGCACAGGCCCUGGCAGGGGCUCCUGAUCACAGCCUCACUUUUAACCUUCUGGGACCUGCCCACCACUGUCCAGUUCACUAUCGAAGCCCUGCCGUCCAGUGCUGCAGAGGGAAAGGAUGUUCUUCUACGGGCCUGCAAUAUUUCAGAAACUAUUCAAGCCUAUUAUUGGCACAAGGGGAAAACGGCAGAAGGGAGCCCUCUCAUUGCUGGUUAUUUGAUAGACGUUCAAGUAAAUAUCCCGGGGACUGCAUACAGCGGUCGAGAGAAAAUAUACUCCAACGGAUCCCUGCUGUUCCAAAACGUCACCCUGGAGGACGCAGGAUCCUACACCCUACGAACCAUAAACGCCAAUUAUGACUCCGACCAAGCAACUGGCCAGCUCCACGUACACCAAAACAACGUCCCAGGCCUUCCUAUGGGGGCUGUCUCUGGCAUCGUGACUGGGGUCCUGGUCGGGGUGGCUCUGGCGGCCGCCCUGGUGUGUUUCCUGCUCCUCGCCAGGACUGGAAGGGCCAGCAUCCGGCGUGACCUCAGGGAGCAGAGGCCCCCAGCCUCCACCCCCGGUGAAUGUCCCUUCAGCCCAGGCCACGGUCCCUCUCACAGAUCUGCCUUCUCGUCUCCUCUACCUGGCCCCAGGACAGCCACUCCCCUGUAUGAGGAAUUGCUACACUCUGACGCAAACAUUUACUGCUGGAUUGACCACAAAGCAGAUGUGGUCUCUUAGGUUCCCCCAGGAGCUGCUCCUGUGGGUUGACGGAGGUACCCAAAGACUCCAGCCCUGGGGACAGGGAAGGACAUGAAGCCUGAGCCAGAGAACCAGCUCUGAGUCCUGAGAAGACACUGGCCUGGGGACAGGGAGGAAAGGGGCCUCUCCUAAAUAUCUGGAGACCUGACAGGCUGCCCUGGCCUCUGGAUGGGCUGGGAAGAAGGCCUCCCAUCACCACAGGAAGCGGGGGCUUUUGCAGGGAAAGUGAAUGGGCCUGUGGCCCACUCAGGGUCACCAGGAAAGGAUAUGAAUAAAGAGCACCCUUCCUCUCAUUGGCUCUUUUUCUGCUCAUGGGAACUUAGCAGAAACUCACUUGAAACUCCAUGUCCAUUCUCUCCCGGGUCACACAGGGAAAAUAUCAUCUUCACCUUAUCUCAACCCCAGUCUCUCUUCCCUGGGAGGCAGAAAUAGGGGGUUGGGGGUCAAACUGGAGUGGACCCUACACAGGAAAGGGUGGGAUUCACAGGAGCCCUGCCCAGCCAGCCGAGCGCUCGGCUGUCCUCACACUGCCCCAGGGACCAAGGCCAUUCACAGCCCCAGCCUGGGUCCCUCUGUGAAUGCACAAGGUGUCUCAGGAGUGCGGAAGUUGGGGCCAUCUGAUGUCCACACAAAGGUGAGCAAUGCAGGAGCAUCCAUGGGUGGUGCAGAUCAUGGGUGUGACCCCCACACAGCCUCCAGUGUCCUGAGCCCUCCUGCCCUCUUCACCCAGGCCCUGGUGUCCCAUCUAUCACUGUCCUCUGCAAAUGAGCUUGCCUGUCCCCAAAUCCAGGAUCCUGUGUGCUUAGCCCUGGCCACCAGGUUCUCCUCUGUCCCCGUGGCUUCGGCUCAGGACAUCUUUAUCCCUGGUGGGACACAGAGAGGGGCUGUCAGAGUAACCAAGGUGAAUACAGACCCAUAAGUCAGUCCUUGAACACUACCAAGGACUCUAGCCCCUCAUUGCCCAUCAGUUCCCACUUUACCCUCCGGCAUGGAUCUGACUGAGCAGCCAACUCUUUACACAGGAGUGUCCAGGUGAGAGGAGCAGGGCUCCCCCAUCUAAAGCUCGUGCAGGCUCCCAUGGUGAUGGGAAAACCUGUCUGCUCCUCUCCCUGGCCCACAGCCCUGCCUCACCUGCAGCUCCUCCACACACCUGGGCCAGCGGUUCUCAGCCCUUCCCUGAGGGCCCCUGGAAGGGUGAUGGUCUCAUGUAGGUUCACUUGAACCAAGUGCCACCUUCCCACAAACAAGCCAGUCCCUGCACUAAAGCACAGAACCACAUGGUUCCCAAGGGUGUUCUGCCACUGCCACGGGUUCUUCAUCAUAUGAGACGUAAGAAAACAAUCGGCAAUGGGUUGUUUUACAUCAGGAUUUGCAUCGGGAUUUAGCUCUAAAUGACCCCCGAUCCCACCUGCACACAGCAUCAGAUGAGACAAGAUGAGGCCUCUUUAGUUUCCUGUUGAUGCUGUGACAAAUUCCCACAAGCUUAGUGACAUAGAAACCUGAACCAAGGUGCCCACAUGACUGUGUUCUUUCUGAAGAGCUCGUUUCCUCUCCUUUUCCACCUCCUAGAGGCCCCCUGCAAACUUGACUGUGUCCUCUUUCUCCAUCUUCAAGGCCAGCAGUGCAGCAUCUUGAAACCGUUCUGUGCCGUUUCCAACCCCACAUCUCCACCUCCUCCUGCCUCCCUCUGUCACUUUAAAGGAAGGAGCCUUGUUAUUUUGGAUGCACCUGGGAUAAACCACAAUAACCUCCCCAUCUCAUGAUCCUUCCUUUAAUCUGUAAAGUGUCCUUUACCAUGUGACAUGUCCACAGAUCUGGGGAUGAGGAUGUGCACAUGUUUGAAAUGCCCUUGUUCUGUCCAUCACUCCUCUCAAGGCCAUCUUCUCAUCAUCGUUCACCACAAACCACACACGGGCACCUGGAUGGCGUCAUCCUGACUGUGGCGUCAGUUCCUGCAGUGACAUCCCCAGCACCCUCCAGGUCCUAAGAGAGGAAGACGGAGGGCUCUCCAUGCCCCUAGUACCUCUCCACCUUCUUCUUGGUGACAUGCUCGGUUGCUAAGAAUAAAAGAGAGCAGAGGUGACUGAAAGAUCACAACUCACCGGCCCUUCAGUAGUUCCUGGACAUCAGCACCACGGACAGUGACCCAGUGAGGCUCUUUUCCGGGGUGGCAGCAGGGAGCUUGCAGAUAGGAAGGAACUGCAGGAAAAACUGCCCAUUCUAUUCUAUAUGAGAAGGACUGUAAGAAAGAGGAAGCUAUUACAGAGAUAAUGCUAUUAUUCUCCAAUCCACAAAUUGCAAAACAUU